AUGGCUCGCACUCCCUACAUUGUUCCGGCGCUCACGAAGCACACCGCUACCGUUAUCAUGGCCCACGGGUUGGGAGAUAGUGGUGCCGGAUGGGUGUCCCUUGCCCAAACUUGGCGCCGCCGCGGCAAGUUCGACGAGGUGGCCUUCAUCUUCCCCAACGCGCCUGAAAUCCCGAUCACAGUUAACUUUGGCAUGAGCAUGCCUGGAUGGUACGACAUCGCCAAGCUUGGCGGCAACAUGAACUUAGAAGAAUCAGUCCGCACCCAAGAUGAAACAGGAAUUAUCCGCUCCCGCGACUACUUCAAUGCCCUUAUCAACACAGAAAUUGAAACCAAAAAUAUCAAGGCUUCGCGUAUCAUCCUGGGCGGAUUCUCCCAGGGCGGUGCCAUGUCCGUGUUCACCGGUGUGACUAACAAGGAAAAGCUCGGUGGUGUCUUUGGUAUGUCGUGCUACAUGCUACUAAGCGAUCGCAUUAAGAACUACAUUCCCGAGGAGUGGGCCAACAAGAAGACCCCAUUCUUCCUUGCCCACGGUCUCAAGGAUGAGGUUGUUCCGUUCAAAUCUGGGAAAGCCUCGGCGGAAGAGCUUAAGAAGAUUGGCCUGGAGAAUGUUUCCUUCAGCGAAUACGAAAAUCUUGGUCACUCGGCGACCCCUGAGGAGAUUGAUGAUAUUGAGAAGUUCAUUGAGAAGGUCCUCGCCGCUGAAGGAGAAAGUACUCCUUCUGCUGGAUUAUGA